CCACACUUUUUAACAUUGCUCAGUUGGAGCCUGUGGUUGGACAACAUCAUCAGACAGCCGAGCUCCGAUUUUUAUUUUUUAUCUCUUCUUUACCAAACAGUCAACUGAAAACAGAGAUUGGGACAAGAACCACCAACUACAAGUUGGCAUAUUGUGAGGUGACAAAACCGGCAUCAUCUUGUAUGUAAGCCAGUGGUAUAUCAUUGGUGCCAGAAGGAGGCGGUAUCCAAAAUGAUGACCCUCAAACUGUUUGACGACAGGUCCCUUCUGUUUUUGGCACGGAGACCUCUGCGGACAUGGAGCGCGGCGAGGAAGGCGGCGCAAGCUGCAUCCAAGCAGGUCAAAGCAGCUGCGGCCCCUGCAAAAACAGCCGCCAAGGGAACUCCCUACAAAAACAUCACUAUCGGUAUCCCCAAAGAAAUUUGGCCAAAUGAGAAAAGGGUCUCGCUGACACCAGUCGUCACAGCACUACUGACCAAGAAAGGAUUCCAAGUGAAGGUGGAAAAGGGAGCUGGAAUUGAAGCCAAAUUCCGUGACGCCGAUUACGCCGCAAGUGGUGCAGUAAUAUCUGACAAAAAGUCAGUUUUUGAGUCGGAUAUUAUAUUAAAAAUUAGACAACCACUUAAGGAUGAAGUUGCUCAGUUCAAAAAUAAUUCCACUCUCAUUUCCUUUGCGUAUCCGGCCCAAAAUAAAGAGUUGUUGGAACAGUUGGCAGCAAAAAAUAUGACAGUCUUCGGAAUGGAUUGCAUUCCGAGGAUAAGUCGGGCACAAGUUUUCGAUGCUCUUAGUUCCAUGGCCAAUAUUGCAGGAUAUCGGGCUGUUAUUGAAGCUUCCAACCAUUUUGGUCGAUUCUUUACAGGCCAAAUUACUGCAGCCGGAAAAGUCCCACCUGCGAAGAUCCUUGUUAUCGGUGGUGGUGUUGCCGGUUUAGCUGCUUGUGGACAAGCGCGCAAUAUGGGAGCUAUCGUACGUGCGUUCGACACUAGACCGCCGGUCAAGGAACAAGUUGAGUCUAUGGGUGCCGAAUUUUUAACCAUCACAAUGGCCGAGUCCGGGGAAGGCACAGGAGGUUAUGCCAAAGAAAUGUCUCAAGAUUUUCUUAACGCGGAACGCGAACUGUUUGGCAAACAAGCUAAAGAGGUCGAUAUCAUCAUUUCGACAGCUCUAAUCCCAGGCAAGAAAGCUCCAGUCCUUGUUUUAAAGGAGCAUAUUAAGUCUAUGCGACCUGGAAGUGUGGUCGUCGAUUUAGCAGCCGAAGCGGGAGGAAAUAUUGAGACGACUAAACCUGGGGAGGUAUAUACAUUUGAGGAUGUGGUGCAUAUUGGGUUCACCGAUUUGCCAAGUCGCCUCCCAACGCAAUCUUCCACUUUAUAUGCCAACAAUAUUUCCAAAUUCCUUCUAUCAAUGGAAGACAAAGAUAGUAAGGAUCACUUUUACAUCAACUUGGAGGAUGAGGUUGUCCGAGGUUCCAUUCUUCUGGAAAACGGAAAAUUAUUAUGGCCUCCACCUCCCCCAAAAGUAAUUCCUGCUCAAGCUACUAAAGCUGCUGAGGUUGCCAAAAAAGCUGAACCACCCGCACGAAAUUAUUUCCAAGAAACGCUAAAUAGUUCAUUAGUUUACACCGGAGGACUUUCUGGAUUAGUGGGCUUGGGCGUUGUUGCACCCAACACCGCGUUUACCACAAUGACCACAACUUUUGCUCUUUCUGGAAUUGUUGGAUACCAUGUAGUUUGGGGAGUUCAACCUGCCCUUCAUUCGCCACUUAUGUCGGUCACAAAUGCGAUUUCUGGAAUCACUGCUGUUGGUGGAUUAUUGUGCAUGAACGGUGGUUAUUAUCCGACUAAUACAAUUGAGACCUUAGCAGCUACUGCAGCGUUUAUUUCCUUCAUUAAUAUUUUUGGUGGUUUCAUUGUGACUCAAAGGAUGUUGGACAUGUUCAAACGUCCAACGGAUCCCCCAGAGCAUAUGUACUUGUAUGGAAUACCUGCAGCUACUUUUGUUGGUGGUUAUAUUUAUGCUGCAGCCCAAGGAUUCCCAGAAAUUCACCAAAUGGCGUAUCUUGGAAGUUCUUUGUGUUGUGUUGGUGCCUUGGCUGGAUUGAGCUCUCAAAAAACUUCACGACUUGGAAAUACCCUUGGGAUGAUCGGAGUUACCGGAGGCAUUGCCUCGACCUUAGGAAUUCUAUCUCCAUCAACUGAAGUGUUGACCCAAAUGGCCGCUGUAGGAAUGGGGGGAGCUGCUAUAGGAACAACCAUUGCCAAGAAAAUUGAAAUAACAGAUUUGCCUCAGUUGGUUGCUGGUUUUCAUAGUUUAGUGGGAGCUGCAGCUGUGCUUACCUGCUUUGCUACAUUCAUCCACGAUUUUCCGCACUUUGCAACUGACCCCUCAGCAAAUGUGAUCAAGACUGCCCUUUUCUUGGGAACUUUUAUUGGAGGUGUGACAUUUAGUGGCUCUCUUGUAGCAUACGGAAAGCUUCAAGGAAUACUUAGCUCCGCCCCCUUACUUCUUCCUGGUCGGCACGCCUUAAAUGCUGGUCUUCUUGCUGGAAACGUUGGAGCAAUGGGUUACUAUUUCAUGGAUCCUUCUUUCGAAGCCGGAUUGGGAAUGCUUGGAACUACUGCCGGUCUAAGUACAAUUAUGGGAAUAACUCUGACUGCUGCUAUUGGAGGCGCCGAUAUGCCCGUAGUUAUCACCGUUUUAAAUUCCUACUCCGGAUGGGCUUUGUGUGCGGAAGGAUUCAUGUUGAACAAUAAUUUAAUGACGGUGGUUGGUGCCCUUAUCGGUUCAUCUGGAGCGAUUCUGUCGUAUAUCAUGUGCAAAGCUAUGAACCGCUCAUUGCCAAACGUAAUUCUCGGAGGAUUUGGAACGUCUUCAACGGGAGGGGGAAAACCUAUGGAGAUUACUGGAACUCACACAGAAAUUGACAUUGACGGAUCCGUGGACUUAAUCAAAAACGCAAAGAAUAUUAUUAUAACGCCAGGCUAUGGUCUGUGUGUAGCAAAAGCACAGUACCCUAUUGCUGAAAUGGUUUCCAUCCUGAAAGCAAAGGGAAAGAAUGUUAGGUUCGGAAUUCAUCCAGUAGCUGGGCGUAUGCCGGGUCAACUUAACGUUCUUCUAGCCGAAGCUGGUGUCCCAUACGACAUGGUGUUGGAAAUGGAUGAAAUUAAUGAGGAUUUCCGUGAGACGGACUUGGUCUUAGUUAUCGGAGCAAACGAUACAGUUAAUAGCGCUGCGGAAGACGAUCCUAAUUCAAUUAUUGCUGGUAUGCCUGUUCUGAGAGUUUGGAACGCUGGAAAUGUAAUAGUAAUGAAGAGGUCUCUCGGAGUCGGUUACGCAGCUGUUGACAACCCUAUUUUCUAUAAACCAAACACAAGCAUGCUAUUAGGAGAUGCUAAGAAAACUUGUGACGCGUUGCUAUCAAAAAUUAAACAAGAAAUUGGAGAAUAAUUAUUUUAUAUUUUAGGCAAAAAAUUCCAAUACUUAAAUUAUUCUAUCAUAAUAUUAACGUAUCAUUUGUAAAAAUAUAAAUCAAAUUAUAUGAAUGCAGUUUGCUUCUGCGUAAGUAUGAUGACCAUUCAUUAUUUGUUCUAACAAGAAGUUUAAACUUUGCUAUUCGCCGAUAAGCCUGAUUGUUUCUAGUUCGACUUGUUUUUAGAAUUAGGUACAAAUUGGAAUUAAUGACUAUUGUAUGAAUAUUCUAUGCCACGUCAAUAAAUUAUGACUUUUGCCUCCA